GGAGGGCGGGGCGGGGACCGCCCGGCGGCGCGCGGCGCUUCCUGCCCUGCGCCGCUCGGCCCGGUCCGGUUCGGCUCCGCUCUGCGGCCCGGUCCGCUCGGAAGGACCGCGCCAUGCGGAGCCGCAUCCCGCCCCACACCGCGUGAGCCGGGCCCGCGGCGCCGCUGCCAGCCAUGGACACUGAUAACCAUUUUGGCUUUGCGGGUCUUCCCCCCGCACCCACUGCCUCAGGACUGAAACCCACCGCGCCUUCCUCAGGGGACAGCCCGUACAGCAACGGGGCCGCGCUCAGCUUCCCCCCCCAGGGGAAAAGUCUGAACGGGGGCAUGAAUGUCAACGGCUUCUCUACUGUAUCUCACACCACUACUUCAGGGACCUUCACCUCCAGCACGCAUUCCUCGGGGCCCCCCCACCUCCACCCCUACGACUGCCUCUGGGACUACACGCAGUUCCAGCCCCCCGGCGGCCUCAAGGACGGCAGCCUCGCUCAGUUCCCCCUCAACGGCGUCUCUGGGGGCUCCAGGCCCUCCUCCCCCGGGCACAGCGCGAAUCUUCGGGGCGGGGGGACGGAGCUGUGGGGCAACGGCACGUCUGGACCCAUGGGGCUGAACUUUGACUCUCAGGAGCUGUACGAUUCCUUCCCGGAGCAGAGCUUCGAGCUGAUGCCCAACGGCCCCACCGGCUUCUACACAGCCCCGCAGCCGUCCCCGAUGCUGGGCUCUGGAGAGCCGCCCUUCCCGUUGCCCGAGGAGGAGUUGGGGGGUGAUGCGGACGAUGCUGAGGCCUCCAAGGAGCUGGCCGCCCCCAUUGCUGAGAACGGGGCCGGGCUGGUGGGCAGCAUGGAGCUGGAGGACACGCAGCCAGACCUGAAGCUCUGUGCUUACGACGGCGCAGCGCCCGCCACGGUGCCGCUGGGCCGGGACAGCCCAGGCCUGACCUCCAGCACCGCCAGCCUGGGGCCCGCAUCGCCUAUGGGCGCGCCGCUGGAGGACGCGCAGCUGCUGAGCGCGGACCCCCUGGAGCCCUUCGAGGCCUUGGCCGGAGACAGCAGCCCAGAGCUGAGCAGCGCACGCGCAGGGCCGGAGCAGUCGGGGUCUCUGGAGCUCAGUGCUGCACUGGAGCCCGAAUCCCCGUGUCCUUCUGCUGAGGAAGAGGAGGAGGAAGAGGAGGACGAGGAGGAGGAGGUGGCUGACAGCUGCACGGAGGCUUCAGCUGCUCCAGAAGGAGAGAGCAAGGAGGCGGCUGCCCCACUGAGCGCAUCGGUGGGAGGCGAUGUCCCACGCAGGCGCAUCGCCACCCCCGAGGAGGUGCGCUUCCCUCUGCAGCACGGGUGGAGGAGAGAGGUGCGCAUCAAAAGGGGGAACCACCGCUGGCAGGGAGAGACGUGGUACUAUGGGCCGUGCGGGAAGAGGAUGAAGCAGUUCCCGGAGGUGAUCAAGUACCUGAACAGGAACGUGGUGCAGGAUGUCCGCCGUGAGCACUUCAGCUUCAGCCCCCGAAUGCCAGUGGGGGAUUUCUAUGAGGAGCGAGACACGCCGGAGGGUCUGCAGUGGGUGAAGCUGAGCCCCGAGGAGAUCCCGUCCCGUAUCCAAGCCAUCACUGGGAAGCGCGGCCGACCCCGCAACGCCGAGAAGGCGAAGCCCAAGGAGCUGCCUGCCACGAAGCGCGGCCGCGGGCGGCCCCCCAAGGCCAGGAUGGUGGAUCUGCUGAGCAAGACGGACGCACGGCUGCUGAAGAGGCUGGAGGCCCAAGAGGUGCUCAGUGACGAGGACAAGCUGAAAAUGAGCAAAAUCAAGAAGAAAAUGAGGCGGAAGGCCAAAAACAAGCAGAAGCAGGAAGCAAAAGCUCCCAAAGCGAAGGAAGCCAAGAAAAAGACCAAGGUGAGUCCGCAGCAGCCAUGGGGAAGAGAG